AUGAGUUAUCCCACACCGCUGUACUCUCACGCGGGCCGAGGACACUUCCGGGACGUCUACGAACCUGCGGAGGACUCGUUCCUGCUGAUGGACGCGCUGGAGAAAGACGCUCAGAAGCUCCAGCUGCUCAGUCCGUCUGUGUGCGUGGAGGUUGGCAGCGGCUCCGGGGUGGUGUCUGCAUUCCUGGCAUCAAUUGUCGGACCCUCGGCCUUAUACAUUUGCACAGAUGUGAACCCUGAGGCGGCACAGUGCACAAAAGAGACGGCGUCUUGUAACAGUGUUUCACUGCAGCCCGUCAUCACAGACCUGGUGGAGUGUCUUCUGCCACAGCUUAGUGGCAAAGUAGAUGUCCUCCUGUUUAACCCUCCCUAUGUGGUGACACCAUCAGAAGAGGUUGGCAGCAGAGGCAUAGAGGCCGCCUGGGCAGGCGGGAAGCGAGGACGAGAAGUGACGGACAGAUUUCUGCCCAUGGUGUCACAACUGCUGUCCACUGACGGCUUGUUCUACCUCAUCACCGUUGCGGAGAACGAUCCAGAGGAAAUAAUCCGUUUGCUGGGGAACUACGGCUUGACGGGAGAAUCGCGCUUGUCGACAAGAGCAAGGAAUGAGAGACUGUCUGUUCUGCGCUUCCACAGGAAGGAAACAUGAACUGCCACCAAUGAGGACAUUCACCUAACAUCAAGUCUUGGAUUCUACAAGGACACGUGUUUACAGCAGAGACAUUCAUUCACUCAUCAUUUACUUACAAGUUAUGGAUAGUGUUACAAGUCAGACAUCAUGCUUUACAGUGCAGACAUAAAGGUGCCAUUUCAUACAAGGAAUUAAUGGAAUGUAAUUUCACUUUCAAGUAAGACGCUUCUAAUUAAAUGUUCCCUAUUUUAUCUAAAAACUUGUACCAUCCAAUGAACUGAACUGGACCCAACAAUCCGAAGAUGUUCUAUUACAGAAUGUAUUGUUAAUUGUUCACAGCGAGAUGAGAUCUAUGGAAUAAAGUGUUAAAUUUAA